AUGGACCAGCUCUUACACAAACAUGUGUUUCAUCUUGCGCUGCAGACCGACUUGGGACCAUUGCUGGCAGUGAGACUGGGAGAUUGGAUUGUUAUAUUCGUGCUGCUGUUUGCGUCCUGCUUCUAUCUUGGGGACGGGAAGCUCUGGGGAAAGCCUGAUCCCAACUUGCACCUGUUCUACGAAGCCCCUCAGAAAAAGGGCGAUUUCAAGCCCAAGCCGAAGCAAACGAGGGACAUUGCCGAGAAACUACAGCAAGCCUCUUGUGACAUUGCGAUACUAUGGGGGUCUCAGUCUGGCGUAUCCGAAGGCCUUGCGGAGCGAUUGGCUCGACACUGGCAGUCCCGGUUCGCACUCAGAGCUCUGGUGGCAGAUCUGGACGACUAUGACGCUUCUUCCUUGUCAGGAUUUCCAUCCACAAAACUGUGUGUUUUCCUGUGCUCGACAUACGGAGAAGGAGAUCCUCCCGACAACGCCGUCAAUUUUUGCACAGCACUUGAGAAAAUGAGACAAAAGGGGACUCGCCUCGAUGGGCUCCGGUACCUAGCUCUCGGCAUGGGGAACAGAAAUUAUAAACAUUAUAACCAGGUCAUAUUGGACAUGGAUCGGACGCUGACAGAGCUUGGAGCUCUUCGUGUUGGUCCUCUGGGAAAGGCAGACGAAAGCCAGGGCACGACUGAGGAAGAUUUCAUCGAGUGGAAAGAGGCUGUGCUCGAGGAUCUCGGUCAGAUUAUUCAACUGGACGAGCGGCCAAUGACCUACGAGCCGGCCCUGGACGUGCUCGAAGUCUGCGUGGACGAGCAGAGCCUCUGGAUGGGCGAACCAAGUGAAUCUGCCCUGAAGAACGUGACCCAGAAAGUGGUCUACAACGCCGACAAUCCGUACCCAGCACCAAUUGCAAGCGCGAAGACGUUGUCUCCAGUCCCAGAUCGAGUCUGCGUUCAUAUGGAAGUCAGCAUUGCAGGGGCGCCGGCGCUUCGAUACCAAACUGGCGAUCAUCUAGCCGUUUGGCCGGUCAAUCCAGAGGACGAAGUCAACCGGCUCCUUCGUCUCUUGGGCUUGGACUCACCAGCGAAACGCAGACAGCCCAUCAUGAUUGACAUCCACAAGGACGCCACAUCGAGACCAAAGCUGCCUUCUCCAACGACAAGAGAGACCCUUCUAAAAUACUACUUGGAGAUAUGCGCGUUAGCACCUCGAGAUCUGCUUCUUCUUCUUUCUCUCUACGCGCCAACAGAAGCUGCCAAAGCAAAGAUCACGAAACUGGCCACAGAUAAAGAAAUCUACCGAGAUCAAGUUGCCGGGAAAUACGCUUCAGUUGGACGCGUGAUGGAAAUGGUCGAGCCGGAUCAACUUUGGACCCAGGUGCCAUUUUCACUUCUGAUCGAAUCCUUCAACCAUAUCCAGCCCCGAUACUACUCCAUCUCGAGCUCUCCACUGAUUCAGCCAAGGCAGCCUACCAUCACUCUGGCCGUGAACAGCCGUCAGAUCGCGUUACAGGAUGAUGCGAAAAAGGUAGACCGGUUUCUAGGCCUGGCGACGAAUUUUCUUCUAGCCCACGAACGAAAGAUGGCAGUCAAGGAAACCGAAGACCAUGUCAUUCCAUGGUCCCAGUCGCAGUCAUACAGCUCGGUACCUGGCUACGAUCUCGAGGGUCCAAGAAACAAGCUCACCGGCGGACGGAUCUACAUGCAUAUCAGAAAAUCAAACUUCAAGCUGCCGUUGAAUCCGGCCGUCCCUAUCAUUAUGAUCGCAGCCGGUACCGGAAUCGCUCCGUUCCGAGGCUUUGUCCAGGAGAGAGCCCGACUUGCGGAGCUUGGCAAAUCCAUCGGGAAGAUGUUGCUGCUCUUCGGAUGUCGGGACGAUGAGAACGAUUUCCUGUACCGCGAUGAAUGGGAAGAGAAGCAGGCCAAGCUUGGUGACAGCUUCACGCUCGUUCCUUGCUUUUCGAGACUUCAGUCGCGCAAGAAAAUGUACGUCCAAGACGGCCUGGCCGAGCAUAAGCGGCUGGUGUUCAGCAUGAUUGAGGAUGGCGCGGCAUUCUAUAUUUGUGGCUCUGCAACAAUGGCAAGAGAAGUACGGACUCGGCUGAAUCACAUUCUCGCGGAAAGCAGGCAUCAGAGCUUGGAAGAGGCAGAUAAUUGGGUGACCACUAAAAUGAAAAAGGCUGGACUCUACCAUGAGGAUGUGUGGGGUUGA